GAGCCUCAGAUUGCCAUGUUCUGUGGCAAACUCAACAUGCAUAUGAAUGUGCAGAAUGGAAAGUGGGAAUCGGACCCCUCCGGCACCAAGACUUGCAUUGGGACAAAAGAAGGGAUUCUUCAGUACUGCCAGGAAGUGUACCCUGAAUUGCAAAUCACCAAUGUUGUUGAAGCCAACCAGCCAGUUACAAUACAGAACUGGUGCAAGAGGGGAUGGAAGCAGUGCAAUGGUCACCCGCAUAUUGUGGUUCCCUACAGAUGUCUGGUGGGCGAGUUUGUGAGUGAUGCCCUUCUGGUGCCAGACAAGUGCAAGUUCCUUCACCAGGAAAGAAUGGAUGUUUGUGAAACUCACCUGCAUUGGCAUACUGUUGCUAAAGAGUCCUGUAGUGAGAAGAGCAUGAAUCUGCACGACUAUGGCAUGCUGCUGCCUUGUGGAAUUGACAAGUUUCGUGGUGUGGAGUUUGUCUGCUGCCCCUUAGCAGAGGAAAGCGACAAUAUUGAUUCAGCUGAUGCUGAAGAUGAUGAUUCAGACGUCUGGUGGGGAGGUGCAGAUGCAGACUAUGCAGAUGGAAGCGAUGAUAAGGCGGUAGAAGAACAAGGAGAGGAAGAUGAGGAGCUAACUGUUGUGGAAGAUGAAGAUGCUGAUGACGAUGAUGACGAUGAUGAUGAUGAUGAAAUUGAAGAGACAGGAGAAGAUUAUGAAGAAGCAACUGAAAGAACUACCAGUAUUGCAACCACUACCACCACAACCACAGAGUCUGUGGAAGAGGUUGUCAGAGAGGUGUGCUCUGAGCAAGCCGAGACCGGGCCGUGCCGCGCGAUGAUCUCCCGCUGGUACUUUGACGUGGCCGAAGGAAAGUGCGCGCCCUUCUUUUACGGCGGCUGUGGCGGGAACCGGAACAACUUUGACUCGGAGGAAUACUGCAUGGCGGUCUGUGGCAGCAUCAGUAAAAAUUCUCUUCUUUUCCCUUCUCUCUCUCCCUCUCCAUCUCCAAAUUAUACAUCAGUCCCUACCACAGCUGCUAGCACUCCUGAUGCUGUUGACAAAUACUUGGAGACACCUGGAGAUGAGAAUGAGCAUGCCCAUUUCCAGAAAGCCAAGGAGAGGCUCGAAGCUAAGCAUCGUGAAAGAAUGUCUCAGGUCAUGAGAGAGUGGGAAGAGGCAGAACGCCAAGCAAAAAACUUGCCAAAGGCUGACAAGAAAGCUGUUAUCCAGCAUUUCCAGGAGAAAGUGGAAUCACUGGAACAAGAAGCAGCAAAUGAAAGACAGCAGCUUGUGGAGACUCACAUGGCACGAGUGGAAGCCAUGCUGAAUGACCGUCGACGCAUUGCUCUGGAGAACUACAUCACAGCCCUGCAGACUGUCCCACCCAGGCCUCGUCACGUGUUCAACAUGCUGAAGAAGUAUGUGCGCGCUGAGCAGAAAGACAGACAGCACACUCUCAAACACUUUGAACACGUCCGCAUGGUAGACCCAAAGAAAGCUGCCCAAAUCAGAUCUCAGGUUAUGACACAUCUACGUGUGAUAUAUGAACGCAUGAACCAGUCUCUCUCCUUCCUCUACAAUGUGCCUGCUGUGGCAGAGGAGAUCCAGGAUGAAGUUGAUGAAUUACUUCAGAAAGAACAAAACUACUCUGAUGAUGUUUUGGCCAAUAUGAUCAGUGAACCCAGAAUCAGCUAUGGAAAUGAUGCUCUUAUGCCUUCAUUGACGGAAACAAAGACUACAGUUGAACUUCUUCCAGUGGAUGGAGACUUCAGCCUAGAUGACCUUCAGCCAUGGCAUCCCUUUGGAGUUGAUUCUGUUCCAGCCAAUACCGAAAAUGAAGUUGAGCCCGUUGAUGCCCGCCCAGCUGCAGACAGAGGACUCACCACACGACCAGGUUCUGGGUUGACCAAUGUUAAGACAGAAGAGAUAUCUGAGGUUAAGAUGGAUGCAGAGUUUCGGCAUGACUCAGGAUAUGAAGUUCAUCAUCAAAAGCUGGUGUUCUUUGCUGAAGAUGUGGGUUCAAAUAAAGGUGCCAUCAUUGGACUAAUGGUGGGAGGUGUAGUCAUAGCAACAGUGAUUGUCAUUACUUUGGUGAUGCUGAAGAAGAAGCAGUACACAUCUAUUCACCAUGGGGUUGUGGAGGUGGAUGCUGCAGUGACACCAGAGGAACGCCACCUUUCCAAGAUGCAGCAAAAUGGCUACGAAAAUCCCACAUACAAGUUCUUUGAACAGAUGCAGAACUAGGACAUCAUAGCAGCCUCAUGAGUUGGACAGAAGAGUAAUUGCUUCACUGCCCAUUGGUGUUCAGUUAUAGAGUAAUGUGGAAAGAAAGAAAAACACUCUGCUUUAUUAUUUACUCAUUCUCGCCUUUUGACAGCUGUGCUGUAACACAAGUAGAUGCCUGAACU